AUGCUCGUUCCACCUGACAUGUUGGCCGCCCAAUCUAAAAUGGUUUACCAACUGAACAAAUACUACACCGAGAAGGUCCAGACCAGGAAGCUUCAGGUCUCCAAAACCAUCCAGGAAGUGUGUCGAGUAGUCCAGGACGUCUUGAAAGAAGUAGAGGUGCAGGAGCCCCGAUUCAUAUCUUCCCUAACCGACUAUAACGGACGCUAUGACGGCUUGGAGGUUAUUUCGCCGGUAGAGUUUGAAGUAGUGAUCUACCUGAACCAAAUGGGAGUUCUAAACUUCGUAGACGACGGAACGCUUCCCGGUUGUGCAGUGUUGAAGCUUAGCGACGGAAGAAAACGCUCGAUGUCCCUUUGGGUGGAAUUUAUCACGGCUUCAGGGUAUCUAUCCGCACGCAAAAUGCGCUCCAGGUUCCAAACUUUAGUGGCACAGGCGUGUGACAAGUGUUCGUACAGGGACAGCGUGAAAAUGAUCGCAGACACGACGGAAGUAAAGUUGAGAAUUCGAGAGCGGUACAUAGUGCAAAUCACGCCAGCGUUCAAGUGCGCCGGAUUGUGGCCAAGAAGUGCCGCGCAUUGGCCUCUGGCGCAAAUCCCUUGGCCACAUCCUAACCUAGUUGUGGAGGUGAAAACAGAAGGUUUUGAUUUGUUAUCGAAGGAAUGUAUCGCGCUACAAGGGAAGCAAUCAGCUAUGGAAGGUGAUGCAUGGGUUCUCUCCUUCAUAGAAGCUGAGAACCGAUUGUUACAAGGCGGUUGUCGGAAGAGAUGUUUAAGUAUACUAAAAACAUUGAGGGAUCGCCACUUGGACCUCCCGGGAAACCCUGUAACUGGGUAUCAUAUGAAGACGCUACUCUUAUACGAAUGCGAGAAACAUCCUAGAGAAUCAGAGUGGGAUGAAUCUUGUAUAGCUGAUAGAAUCAACGGUAUCUUCCUUCAAUUGAUCUCGUGUUUGCAGUGUAAACGGUGUCCACAUUACUUUUUGCCUAAUCUAGACCUGUUCAAAGGGAAAUCACCGAGUGCUUUGGAGAACGCGUCCAAACAGGUUUGGCGUCUCACUAGGGAAAUGUUGACGAAUUCGAGGUGUUUUGAAAAGUUGUAG